CCCGCGGCUCCGCGCCGAGAGGGCGGCAGGAGGGAGCGGGUCGGGCCGGGAGGCGGCGGGACCGCGACCGGGAUCGGGACCGAGCCCUGCUCGGCGGCGGCGGUGGUGGCGGUGCCACGGCCCGGCGGGCCGGGUGGCGUCCCCAUGGCCCUCUUCACAAGGACCAGCAGUCAUCCUAACACCACCGACCCCAUUCCCUGUGGAGCAGGCAACACUACAGAGCCUGACCUGCCACACUCACAUGCCUACUAUGCCCUCUGCUACUGCAUCUUGAUUUUGGCUAUCAUCUUUGGGAACGUGCUGGUCUGCUUAGCCGUGCUGAGGGAACGCACCUUGCAAACCACAACAAACUACCUUGUGGUGAGCCUGGCGGUGGCGGACUUGCUGGUGGCUACUUUGGUGAUGCCAUGGGUGGUGUACCUGGAGGUGACCGGAGGAGUCUGGACUUUCAGCCGCAUCUGUUGUGAUAUCUUCGUCACCAUGGAUGUGAUGAUGUGCACAGCCAGCAUUUUAAACCUCUGCGCUAUCAGCAUUGACAGAUACACCGCAGUGGUGAAACCAGUUCAGUACCAGUACAGCACUGGGCAGAGCUCCUGCAGGAGGGUGUCUCUCAUGAUCGUGAUAGUCUGGAUGCUGGCGUUCGCAGUGUCAUGUCCUCUCCUCUUUGGCUUCAAUACUACAGGAGAUCCCAGUGUCUGUUCCAUAUCCAACCCUAUUUUCAUCAUCUACUCCUCUUUGGUGUCCUUCUACCUCCCCUUCAUGGUGACCCUGCUGCUCUAUGUCCGGAUUUACCUCGUGCUAAGACAAAGACAAAAGAAGCGAACCCUCACCCGGCAGGGCAGCCACAGCGCCAGCACCAAACCGUGUUGUGCACACAAAGAACACAUGGAGAGAAAAGCUUUGCCAAACAGAUGCCAAGGCACCUUUUCCCCCUGUCUCCCACUCAAAUGCUCAGGCCAGGAGAUGUCUACCAAAAGGAAGUUGCUGACUGUCUUCAGCCUGCAGCGGUACCGCAGCUUCUGCCACGAGGCAUCCCUCACCAAGACACCAGGGACUACACAACACAGCAGGCUGGAAGAGAGGAGAAAGAGUACGAAGCCAGGACUGGUGGUACGGAGGCUCAGCAAUGGCAAAACCAUCAGCUCUUUGAAGCUAGCACACCAGCAACCCCGGCUGAUCCAGCUUCGGGAGAGGAAGGCUACACAGAUGCUAGCUAUUGUCCUGGGGGCUUUCAUAGUCUGCUGGCUGCCCUUCUUCUUGAUUCACAUCCUCAAUGCCCACUGCCCGUCCUGCCACGUGCCCCCAGGGCUUUACAGCGCCAGCACCUGGCUUGGCUACGUGAACAGCGCCCUCAACCCCAUCAUCUACACAACCUUCAACACCGACUUCCGCAAAGCCUUCCUCAAGAUCCUCUGCUGCUGACCGCGGGGCCAGCGCCGGACUGCACGGGCUGCGGUUUGCAGCAGACUGCUGGGCUAGGGACAUGGCGCGGGGCCCUGCCCUCCCUCUGCUUUUCAUGCUGUGAGGAGCGAUGCGUUCCCCUCAGCGGUGAGCGGUGGUGGUCAACGUGAUGUGGUCGUUGCCAACAGCCAGGCUCCCUCUGCACCAGAGGGAAGAGCAGGAACGCGCCCCACCUGCACGGCUCAUUUCCCACACCCAGCCUCAAGGCUCUUGCUUAAGCGAGUAUAGGUGCUUCCCACCUCUGGGGAGGGAGGGGAAGAAGACACAGAGGCAAACCGGUGAGUCCCUCAGCGCUGGGCACAGCGGCACUGGGAUGCAGACCGGGGGGUGCAGUGGAAGAUGAGCCACCGCAGCGUGACGCUCCUGGUUGCUGCCGGGCUCGCAGAGCACACGGGACCCAAGCGGACAGCAUCUCCCAUCUCCCCCGCCUACGUGCCGGGAACACGUGUGCCCUCCCACUGAUGGAGCCUCAGCCUGCAGAAGGCACCCAGCUCACGUGCACUAGUCCUAAUAAGAGGGCAGAACGUGACCUCUUUGAUGAGGGUCCUGAUCCCUUCAGUCAGGAGCCAAGAGCAAAAAUUUGGCAAGGAAACUUAGAAACGGAGCACCGAUGGAGAAAUGACAAUAUCCCUGCUGUCUCCAUCAAAAGGUUUGCCUGUAAAACUGGGUCAGUCUCAGUGCUUGAGAAAAUUACCCCAGUUGCAAAAGAAACCUUCCCUUUUGCUAUCAGCUGGUACUUUAUUGCUGAUUGCAAGGCAGAGAGGUGGCUGCCAUCCCUCUGGUAGGUCAGAUCGCAUGAGUAGUGCAACACUAUCACAGUGUCCCCUCUCUUCCUAACCAAAGGACCAGAGAGAGACUGGCCACUGCUUAACUACCACACACCCAGUGUGGUCACACCACACUGUGGCCGCUAAAUAAUGCACAAGGCCUGGGAUAGCUCCAGUCAUGCCUGCAAUAGAUCCAAACCGAGUUUUUUUCAGUUGGGGCAGGUUGCAUGCACCCUGUCUCAAAACUUGCUCGUGGUCUCUUUGGAACCAAUCUCCAUUUGUGCUCCUCUCCUCGUCAGGAGCGCUGCUAGAUUAAGGGUUUGUCCCGUCUGACUGCUGCCAUAACUCCUGUUACAGCCCACGCCUGCGGGGGGGAGCUGUUUCAGUAACAUCCCUCCCAGUGAGAAAGGACACGUGCCUCAGGAUCAGAGCCAGGAUGGAUCGGUCCCUGGCUCCCCUCAACGAUACACCCGUCAGCACACGGGGCAUCCGCGCAUCCCAGCUUUCCAGGCCAAAUACAGCCCUGCCACGGUCUCCUUCCCCAGCAGUAUUUUACAAAGCCAUCUCCAGCAGUUCCUGGAUGAAAACACCAGACGAGCCCUGCCGAACCAUGUAAGCUGGUCUCGCGUCAGGGCAUUCUAAUGCUCUUCUCCUUGUAUAGGCAAACCUGACCUGGGACAGCCUCAACACGUUUCUCUCAUUUUGCCCCUCGCUGUAGCGGCUCAGAGGCUCCAGCUCUCGCUCCCACGCCCAGGCUUAGCUGUGCUGUUAGCUGCGCUUGCUCGACAGCCUCGGGCGUAACUCUGUGUGCUGCCUCUGACUGUGUCCCUGCCGCAGCUCCUCCGUCCGGGAAGGGCUUCCUCUCUUUCCUGAUAUAAAGCCAAACCCGUUGUCCUUCGCCUCUGGAGCACGUAGCAGAGCUCUAGCUUCUACUUUUGUUUGUCUGGGUUUGGGGAGGAGAUGCUCGUGGACAGCAUGUGUUGUUUGCCUGGGGAUGUGCCCUCCAUACUGCGUUGUAACUGCAUUAAUCCAAUAAA